AUGGUCACAUCCGCCACGGUAUCUGGAUUCCGAUCCGCGGUCCUGGUCGCUCUCUUGGUCCUUGCAUUCUCGACACAGCAGCUGGCGUUUGGGGCAGACCUCAUCUCGGCAUUGGUGUCCGCGAGGCCUUCAUGCCAUCCCAUCUCCUCUUCUCGCGACGAUGGCCAGGAGGACGCCACCGAGCCCUUGACAGACGAUGAAGUCCAGAAGUUAGCACAAUCCCAUUCGGCCAUGAAGCGCCUGGUCCCACAACUCGCCUCGCUGCUGCCCUUUGAAGAGAACACAACCGGUAUCGUCAUGGCCGCGUCCAGGUACUCCCUACCCUCACUCCUCGUCUCUCUCCGCCUCCUCCGACGAACCGGCUCCCGUCUCCCCGUCGAAGUCUUCCUCCCCUCCCGAGCCGACUACGACGUCACCGUUUGCAGGGAAGUACUCCCCAAGCUCCACGCCCGCUGCCUCGUCCUGUCCGACGCGCAACGUCCCAGUCGUUUCUCCGUGAAGAACUCCAAGGACCUCCCCUUGCAAACAUUCAGCAUCCUCUUCUCCACCUUCCAGCGCGUCCUCUUCCUCAACGCGCAUUCCUUCCCCGCACACGACCCGGAGCCUCUGUUCGACAGUCCGCCAUUCAACACACACGGCCUCGUCACGUGGCCCGCCGCCUGGCCGUACAGUGCAUCGGCGCGCUUCUACAACGACCUCGCAGGCGUCUCGUUCACGCCCUCCUCUGCAAUCCAGUACGCCACGCAGGAUGGGAUGGUCAUGCUGGACAAGGCACUCCAUCGCGAAACGCUCAUGAUGAUGGCGUAUUACAACUAUUUCGGGCCGGAAUACUACUACCACCUUCUGAAGCAGGGGAGCCAGGACGUGGUCACUGGCGAGAAAGACACGAUCCUGCCCGCAGCUGUGGCGCUCAGAGCGCCCUUCUACCAAGUGAAAAGUGGAUUACGUCUCCUGGGAAGACUUGGUGCCGGGCAUGGCGAGACCGACGAGAAGGAGAGUAUCAUGGCGAUCGUACAGGCCGAUCCGUCCGCCGACUUCGACACCAAGGCGCCGCACGUGGCGCAGGAUCUGGGCGUCGGCGGCCACGACAACGCGGGCGCGAGGAAGCAGCAAAACGUUCUUGCCUCUUCAACGACACGGUUGGGGAUGACGACGAGCCUGCGUCCCUUUUUCGUGAAUACCGCCAUGGCACCUUUGGAUCCGGCGAAAUUGCUCGAAGCGGGUGGUCCUGCGAUGACGUCCGAGGGCAAGUUUGUCAGGAUGUAUGCUGUGGAGAAGGAUGAUGAGGAUCGGUUGAUUGAAGACUUUGGCUUUGAUCUGGAGCAGAGAAUAUGGGAGAGCAUGGCCGAGGAGGCGUGUAGGACGGAUGAGGAGCUGUGCACGAGGAUUGGGAGGUAUUUCGAGACCGUUUUUGACGGCUUUGGGGUGCGGUGA